GAGCAUUUGUCUGUCAACAUCUCACUUUAAUUCUAGUCUUUUAAGGUACCAGACGGCAGGCAAAACUCACCAGCCAGCAGUCAUGGCAGAUCAGGUCUUUACCAAUGUUUAUCAAAAUGUUAACACCACCAAUAUCUAUGGGAUUCCAGACUCUGAGGAGGACAAAGGGGAUAAUCUUUAUGAUCAUGUCCAUGAAGAUCCAGCAUCUCCUUCAAUCACUACUAUCCCAGAGAACAUGGAUAGUAGUCAAGAGGGCUCAGAAGGUAGCUGUAGUAAUUCUGUGGCCUCUCAGCAUGGGGCUGAUGGGGAGGAUGGUUCUUCUUCAUCUCACCAUGGUGCUGAAGAAGACCACCCAUACCAGGAGAUGGAUCUGAUGAGCCCAACUUUGGAAGAUAAACACGUAGAGGGCAUGAUGUUUGAGAGCAACAUGCAUUUUCUUCCGGAUUUCCAGUUGCGUCGGAGCCAGAGCACUUCUUCCAACUCUUCAACUUCCAUCAAGUUCCCCCUUAACAAUAACUUUGGAGAAAUUGACAACUUUCAGGAAGAUCAUGAGAUUUUCAUGUUUGUAAAGGCCGGUAUAGAUGGAGAAAGCAUUGGGAACUGCCCAUUCUCCCAGCGUCUCUUCAUGAUCCUGUGGCUCAAAGGAGUUGUGUUCAACGUCACCACUGUUGACCUGAAGCGAAAGCCGGCUGACCUACACAAUCUGGCUCCUGGGACCCACCCACCUUUCUUGACUUUUAAUGGAGAAGUCAAGACAGAUGUUAACAAGAUUGAGGAAUUCUUGGAAGAGACUCUUGCACCUCCAAAGUACCCCAAGCUGGCUGCUAAGCACCGGGAAUCAAACACUGCUGGAAUCGAUAUCUUCUCCAAAUUUUCUGCAUACAUCAAAAAUACCAAGCAGCAGGAUAAUGCUGCCCUUGAAAGAGGCUUGGUGAAGGCUCUGAAGAAGCUGGAUGACUAUCUGAGAACCCCUCUGCCAGAGGAGAUUGAUGCAGACAGCACUGAAGAGGAGAAAGUGUCUAAACGCAAGUUUCUGGAUGGAGAUGACCUGACUCUUGCUGACUGCAACCUUCUGCCCAAGCUCCAUGUUGUCAAGAUUGUUGCAAAGAAAUACCGCAACUUUGAGUUCCCGACAGAGAUGACGGGGCUGUGGCGGUACCUGAAGAACGCGUAUGCCAGGGAUGAAUUCACCAACACCUGUGCGGCAGACAAAGAAAUUGAGCAAGCCUACGCAGACGUGGCCAAGCGGCUCAGCAAGUCCUAACUGACCCCAGAGGUGGCUCAGUAUCCCCUUUCACAGACUCUUCUCCUGGUUGCCUUAAGAUAUAAUUUAUCAUUGUGCUAUCUGGUUGGCAUCCCUAUGACUGCACCUGUUCAAGUGUAUUGGUCAGGGACAAAUCUGCUUCUCCCUGGAGAAAAGAGAAGGCAGCUCUGGUGUGGAGGGUGGAGACCGUUUGAAAUCUGAACCUAAGAUCUAGCUGAAGUAGUAUUAUUCGCAAUCAGUAUUGGAAAUGAGUUCACUUUACUAGUUUCUUGUAUCAUGUUGGGGGUAUAUCACCACCUGUAUUCUCUGGAGUUUUAAAAAUAGGAUAUUAGCUGAAAUGUCAAGUAAGAGAGUUAGGUUCUUCUGUAGGUUUUUUCAAGGAUGCUUUUCCCCCCAGUGAUAUUGAGAUCCUUGAGGCAGGAGCAAAAUAUGAGAGAGAGAGAGAGAGGGGAAAAAACAGGAGUUUGACCCUAAAGGAGAAAUGCUCUUAGCAGUUUUAUUUAAGAAAGCUCUCUGAAUGCAUAUUCUGUCUUAGCAGGCCCAAGAGUUUAUAGGGUAUUUAUUUUUAACUUGGUGCAAGAGGGGGAAGCCUGAGUGAAUAUGUCAGACUUGCAGAUGCUACUUUGCAUAAAAUUUGCAUGAUGUUGUUGGAUCUGAACGUUUAAAGCAAAAGAGAGUGAAUGAGCAAUUGAGCAGGCAGCAAUUGGAAGAGCGGGGCUUGUGCCAAAAUGCCCAGUGGAUCUGCUAGUUGGUAGAGACACUCAGACACAGCAAUAACGGGGGCAGCAUAUUGACUCCAGCAAAUAGAGGGAAUUGGCACAGCUAACCAAACCACGUAGGAUAUUGUCAUCUUGACUGUGUGGUUGCCAGUUCUUUUAUAAUUGCUGUCUUGGGAAACUUGGAUAGACAGGAGAGAGCUGUCGCUGCACACGAAUUCCAGGCAGGGGAAGCGCUUUCUUCACGUUGGGCUCCAGAUGGGUCACUUUCAAGCACUCAUCAUCUCACCCCAGGAGAAGUUUGCUCUGAGAGCCUCAAAGAGGGCAGGCUAAAACAGAGAGAGGCACAUUUCCAGCCAGAAAUUCGGCAAGUAUCCUAGCAGAAAUCCAUGCAUGACGCCUUAGUCCUGCUCCUCCAGGGUUUACCGAUCCAGGUUACACGAUUCUGAAUUAGGAUUGUUUUCUAAAACUGAUUAUUUUGUCCGAUCUGUAGCGUCUGCCUGACACAAUCUGCUUUAUACUAGUGAUUAUUUGCAUGUUACUUUAGCAAAUUCAGAAUGACAGCUCUUUUGCAUGAAACUCACGUGCCCUGAUAUGUACAACAGUGCACAUGGCUUUUUCAGUUUGGGGGGAUUUAUUGCUGUUUUCAAAGAUAAAAUAAAGCUGAGCUGUAACCCGAUGUGGUUCCCCUUCUGAUCAGAGCUGCAGAGAGCUGCACUGAUUUGAGGGGAAUCCCAAGCUGGUGAGCUGUGACCGAGGGGAACCUUGCAGCAGGCUUGUUUGCAGCCAGAGAGCUGGAGGACUGGAGACAGCAUUGAAAGCCAGCCUCUGCCGUGUGACGCUGAUGACAAUCUGAAGACAUCCUGUUGCUUUGGUGGGAUUAUUCCACUUUUCAUACUAACCCAGCCGGGAGCAGAAUGUUGCUCGUUGACUGUGAAGAUACUUUGUGGUUGACUAUUGUUUCACAUGCAGUGGUCAAUUUGUUCUGAACUUUCCAAAACCUUGGAAGAAAACCCGUGAACUCCCAAGUCUUCCCCUGGAACGGGCUAUUUUAACAACGGCUAGACUGGAGGGCAAAGGCUCACGCUCUUUAAAAUAUUGCUGAGAAAUCAGCUGGCUCAGAGAACACUAACAGCAGCCAGAAAAAUCUAAUGAGAUUAGAAGUGUCUGUGCAAGCACAUGUGGCUUGUUAAAAACAUUUCUUCAUGAGAUUGGAGUUAUUUGUGAUUUUUUUUUUUCCUUGUAAAUUAAGGCAAUUAUUUAUUUAUUUAUUUUAAUUGACUCAGUCCUUUCCAUCUGUCUUUCUGGUUUUGUUUUCACUCAGCACUCUGGUCAAGAAGGCUCCGCCUGCUUAGAAAAGUAUUAUUAGCAAUGCUCUGCAAAUUCGUUUCUGGUGAAAUGUCUUCUGUAUGAUUAAUGGUCACUGGGAUUUCUUGCUUUCAGUAUGCUUUGGCUAGGAGCAUGCCGAUCAACAGAAUCUACAUUUUUUUCAGUUGUCUUUUUCCAGGUUUCUACUUCAAUUAGUGCCUUUGCUUAGUCACAGUUGCAGUGAAUCUUUGAAUGAAGACGCAGAGGCAGAUGCAGAUUCUUGCUCGGUGCUUAUUAUAUUUAGCUCCUUAAAGAAGAUUGUCCAAACAUGCAGCAGGUCUCAGGCAGGGUUGCUGAACCAGUUCAGGGUCUGUCAUGAUUUCUUCCGUCUCUGUGAAUCUUCACCAAUUUGCUGAAUCCCGAGGUUCUGAAAUGGUCUAAUAUGUCUUACUUUAGUUUUGCUAGAAGAGGGCCAAAACACAGUUGAUCUCAGCGCCUUCAAAUUGCAUCUGUUUUUAAAAAAUCAUGUUUGAAAAUGGUUGGGCUUAUACCAAAAAGAAAAUGAGCUUUCUGUAAGAUGAUUUGCAUGUUCUUAAAAUCUUUUUAGGAUUUCCUUAUAAAACCUGAAAAUCCCCAAGGUACCUUCCUUUUAAUUAAUAAUAAAAAAAAUCCUUAAAUAUCUUCAUUUUCCUAAUACCACCAAAAAUCUAGAUAUAAUGUCUUGAUGGAUAUGAGAAAGAAUAAGAGGAAAAUUAAACAGUUUUCAGCUACUGUGCCUGUUCUGUGUGAAUUCAUGUCUCACUGCAUCCUAACUUUGCAUCUUGCUCAUAGCUCUAUUAUAGGCUGAUCCAAGAUUAUGGACAGGUUCAGGCAUUCCCUGACCUUUGUUUGGGUUUGAAAUCCAAGCUCAUGUUUUCAGAUCUGUAACUUUCACUCACCUUUGUGCUUUUUGGCUUUAGCCAUAGUCAGAAGCAGGAAAUACUGGAAAUCCUACAUAGAAAAGUGUUUUGCUAAGAUUUUUGAGCUCAGUUCUCAAGACUCAGGAUCCAUCACCAGUGAGAUUUUAAAGGGCUCCAGACUCCUUUAGGCAGGGUAUUUCUGGUGACCUUCCAUUGUAUUUAGAAUUAUAAGUAAUAAAUAUUAAUCAUACAGGAUUGUAUAUCUACAUUGGCAAGGCAGCGUUUCUGAAAAGAAUCUAAGUGACAAGACAGACAUUGCAGAUUUACAAUAACUUUGUUCAUAAAUUUUUUGCAAGAUGUAAAGAAAGACAUAGUGCAGAGAGGGAAGAAGCCAACAAUGUGGAUUUAAUCAUCUACAUUUCAGAAAUGCAGACCAAAUGUCUGUAAAGAUGUCCAUUUCAUCCAAACAUUUCUUAGAUAUUUAUUUCAAAGCUCCCUGUUCAGUCAAUCCAACACUCCAUUCAUAUUGGAACUAAUAUUGAUUUUUCUUCUAUUAGCAGUGGUAUGGGAGUGUUAGAGGAUCCCGUAUAUUAGUUAGUCGUAUUUUCGGUUAGACUAUUUGGAUUGCCAAGAGGUCAUCUUGCUGUGCAGGUAAGAUUAAAGAAUUAUCUGUGUCAAUCUAUUUAAACGAUGGCUUCUGACAAACGUUUUUUCCAAUAGAAUCAUAUAAUGAUAUCGCUUUAUCAGGACUCGUGUGGAAUAUAGAGGCACAGGUUACAAGCUCUUCUCCUAGGUUCGCGUCAGCUGAAAAGCCACUGCUAGGGAGGAAUGACAGCCUAUAUCACAAAGAAGCUAGACAUCUUUUCUUUCCUACAAGAAAGCUCAGCUGAAUUGCACGUAGCAUUUAUUUUGAAUAUGCGUUUAUUGUAUUUUAACCCCUAGCCACCUUUCCUCCUCUCUUGUCCCUGCUCAAAGUCAACUCCAAGUUGGCCAUAACCAUUCUGCCAUUUCCUCAGUGCGAAGUAGCAGGGUGCUCAUGGAUGGGCGCACGGGGAAGCGUGUUGUAGCGUAACCCGUCCGUCUUGUGGGAUGAAGCAAAGACAGCCCCCUUUCUGCAUUGACUGAGUUUCGCUAAUUAGCUGAGUUUAAGGUAUUGCAAAAAUUUAGGCAGUGGAAAUCCCACUUAUAUAAAGCCCCAGAAACACAUGGAAACAUUCACUUUUAAAAACGAAUCGGUGUUUUAAAGAAAAAAAAUAACCCCGAAGUUUUGUGUCCUCCUUUAUGUGUAUUCUUUUAACCAUCGGGAAGUUUGCAUUUGUUUAUUAUUCUGCUAGAUAUAUUCAUUAUUCUUGAAUUGCUUUUGAUAUUAAGAAAUAUUUUUUCAGUAAGAUUUUGCCUUUCUGCUGAAUCUUUCAUCUCUUCAUUAAUUUUGAUGUCUGCAAUGACCUAGUAAUUCCAGAGGAGGCAGGGAAGCUGUGAGGCUUAUACUUGUUGAGAAGUUGAAGGAGGUAAUGAUUUUUUUGGAGAAAACAGUAUUAAAAGCAUUUUUUAAAAAUGUGUCUUUUCAUCUGGGAUACUUUAACCAAGAGUGAUAGACUGCUUAGUCUGGACUGUGAUUUUCAGCACAGAUCUGAGCAAGCCACCAUGUUUAAGGCGGCUUUGCCUAGGGAUUUCCCCAGGGUACAUAGAGAUGUUCCCUCUGAGUCACAAAAUUUCCCAUUUCCUUGGUCAGGAGGGAUCUGCUGGUUUGUAUUGGCACUGAACUAUGACAGCCCACUAACAGUUCUAGGCAGUGAAAAUAGGGGUCCUGUCCCCUUCUCUUCCCUUCUAGCUCACGUGCAGGGAAAGCAGAAAGCAUUAAUCUGUUUUACUUCCUUGCCCCACAUCCCAAGCAACACUCCAGCCCUAGGAAAGCAGAGGAACCCCAUCCAACGCUGGUUUUCAAAGCUUGAUCAGUUUGUGUUUUAAUGUUUGACCUAAAGGUCUGAAGAGCCCCAUGUAACUCCUCAGGCACUCACCAUGCAGCGUUACAGGACUCAGCAGCAUCUCAGAGACCGCAGCAAUCAUGUUAUUCCCCUGUUGUCCCAAAUCGUUCCCCUUUCACCAUUUAUUGGAGAGAUGCUGAAGCUGAAAGUACUCCAGAGGAUGCACUUGAAUGUGAUGUGUUUUGAGCUGUGCUCACCAGCUAACCAGCUCUGAACGAUGACAUUGUCCCAGCUCAGCAGGUCAUGCCUCUGCUGCCAAACGGACGACCCAUCGCCCGUUGGAGUAGCAGCGCUCGGGUGGGAAACGCCGAAGCUGCUCAGCCAGUGAUGGUGCGACCACGAUGAAAGGCUUCAGUGCCACCUUUUCUCCAGCCCGGCUCCCUAGCUGAAGUGUGUUAGCAGCUCAGCUGGGGCCAUAAUCCAGUGCUAAUAAGCAUUUCUAGCUUGCAGCAUGUGAAUAGGGACUACUCAUGUGUUUAAUAUUAAACAUGUGCUUGCCUGCUUGCCUGGAUAGGGGCCUAAAAGUCAUGACAGAAAAGCCUAUAUUAAUGAACAGCAUUAUUAUUCUCUUUUCUUUGAAAUCCGGUGGCAGAAUUCCCAGUGAGGGAAUUCCCAAUAGGAAUUCCCAGUAGAGCCCAAGGCUGCAUAAGCACGAAGAUGUUUGAAGUGUGAAGAUGUCCUCGGAGAACAGAAAACACUCAAGGAGAAAAGGAAGCAGUGGUGACAUAUAGGGUCUUAUUACAGAAGAAGGACACCAGCUCUGUCCCGGUGGUGACUGGAGGGACACCACCGGUGCUGUCAGGCUUCGUUCUGGUUUAUCAUGGGGAGGCUGAGAGCGGAGCUGGGAUCAGGCCACGCUGGCGGUGUAAUGCCAAGGCAUGUUCUGCUGUAUCUCCAACCACACUCCCUAUGGUGGUAUCCCACAGCGUAACGAUGCCUCCAUUGUGUCUGCCUCACUCUUGUUAUGAAGUGGCUUGUCUAAAGAAAACUAAGAAGGGUGGGGGAAUAUUUUAUAUAUAAAUGGAGUAAAAACAAUCCAAAUAUGCUUUAAUGGUUCUCAACAUGAUACUGUCAAUUCUCACCACAGGGUGGAAUUUGUUGGUGGAAAUUAAAUUAAAUUAAAUUAAAACAGAAAAACUUGGCUGUUGCUAAUGGGUACUACUGGGAGCCCUAAAAGCAGUUUGCAGUGUAGAACCAUAAGCAGGAGUGAACAUCCUUUAAUUCCCGGAAUCACUGGGUUUCACAAGGGUCAUUUCAGCCUAUUCUGUUACACUGCUGAGAAGUUGCUCUUUCCCUGUCUCCCUAGGUCUAUAAACUCUGAAGAAUUUGGGAAAUGGCUACAGGCACCACAUUAAUCUUUUUCUUUUUCACUUUUAUUUUUCCCCCUUCAUUAAAUUAACUGCUUUAGUUUGGAAGUAAGCAACAAGUAAAUAGCAUUUGCAAACAGCGGAUUUCUCUACUUUUUCAUUAAGGAAGUUUUUAAGAGUUUUCAGGAAAUCAGAGGUUAUCCCCAGCUUUGGGAAUAAACUGUGGUAUAAAAUAUAUAUAGAAGUGUGAUUCUGAUUAAAUAAUUUAAGCAGAAAGAUUACAGUUUGUUUUAAGGAGCAUUCUUAGGACUAAACGAACAGAAUAAUCCAGAUAUUGCAAUAGGGAGUUAAGAUUCAGUUCCAAUUUCCGUUUUUUUUUUUUUUCAAUUACUGAUUGUACAACAUAGAAACUAUACAUAUAUAUCCACUUUAUUUAACUGCGUUAUUUAAUUCAAUAAUGCUAUAAAGUUUGUUGGGAUGGAAGGUGGCAUAAAAAGGAAAACUUACACUCUUGAAACAGCGCUAUUAUUACCGUGUCUCUGAUUUUGUUCCCACUGGAAUAAACAAGAGCCGCACCAUUUAGUUGUGUAGAAGCAGGAUCGCGACUUCACCGAUCCAGACAGGUUGGCAGUCUCUGCGGAGGACAGGGUAAUUUGCUGUUUAGCAAUCUGAGUCUUGCAGUGGGCACAGUGCAUUUCGGAAGGUGGCCAGGACCGUCCUUGGGUGAACGGAUAGCGUUGCUUGCAAAGGACCACAGUGACUCCCCUGCUGUUAUGAAAUGAGAUUAAGCCAUCAUGAGAUGUGGACUGGCUAACCCUGAACCAGACACUUUUGCCUGCAGCGCAGCCGCUAAAUUGGUCUGACAUCAGGAACCGCAGCGUAAGAGCUUGGCCUCAGAAGUGAGUCAAAGCAGCAUCUUUGUCACCAGUCAUUUUCUAUUUAUAAUGACACAGAUCUAUUUUAUAAUCACGGGGAGGCACAACAGGAGUGUGCUUUGUUCUGCCUAAAUCGCAUUUCUCGUGUGGGUGCAUUUAAACACAGCCUUUGGCCCCUUGCCGCACACCACACACACCCAAGGCGGGCGAUUCUGGCACAACAAUGCACGCCCUGUUGUGCUUGAAUGCUCAAAGAAUUCUGUGCUGAAGCAAUAAACUCCUGCUAAAUGGCUUGAAAAUGUUCCCUUAAGUGUGCUGAGCCGCCACGCUGCCUCACUUCUCAUUUCCAAUGGCAUUUUGUGUCUAAGCCUUGGGUUUCAAAUAAACCAGGAGUAUAUCGCGUUGUUUAGUGCUGGAAAUUACUGGGCAUUAUUAACCAUAAGAAACCGGGGUGAAAUACCCCAAAUUCCAACUCAACCCUCUUUCCUAGUGCAAAACUGACUGCUUGUGCACGUGGCUGUGUUUUCAGAGGCUGUGAAUCAAUUCCCAAUAGCUGCUUGGUUUGGUUUCUGGAGAACAGGUACUCCCCCGCUUUUUUUUUUCUCCUUUCCUUUUUUUUUUUUAAAUUAAGGGUCCUGCUCUGUAUUACCUAGAAGUUUAUGAUCUAGCGAUAGAUAGAUUUAUUUUUGUAGUCAGACUGUUUCCAAUUCUAAAGCCUGAAGAUCAAAACCAAGUUGCAUAGUGAGAUUUGGGGGUGAAUGGAAAUGCUUUUUUCUCUCAAAAAACACUCAUUUUCAAAUCCUGACUCAUUUGGGGGCACAAUCCUGGUUACUUAGAGGGGGGUCUGAGGUUGAAAGAGAGGAAGGGGAGCCCGCUGUACAUGCUACUGUCCUUCCACUAAGAGGAUAGCAGGAACCAGUCUGGAAGUCCUAAGAAGUAUAUGGACAUGUUUUCCAUCUUCAGUGUGAAAGCAACCUGUACAGAGACCUGAAUGGCCCUAAACUGACCCACAGUUGCUUGAAAAUUGCAAUGACAUAAAAAAGCAAAAUUUGGGAUAUGAACAAUGACACGACGAUCAGGCAUGGCACCUCUUCGGGGCGUUAUAUAGGCAAAAAAUAUCUCAUUUGAAAGGACACUCAAAUUUUUAGGUGCUGGCCCAGACCCAAGUCCAGGGCUGGAUUUUCUCCACCAAAAUAUCAUUAAUCUCAGAAACACCUGCUGGCUGUUGGGAUUGUCACCACCUGAUCUGCUGGGGUAAAAGCAAAAUCGGUAACUCUUAAGGAGAAAGCAGGAAUGAUCUUUAAGCUCGGACCUGGUAAGCUUCAAAAAAAAGUAAUUUAUUUGUGAACAACUAUUUUAUAGUGGUUGGCAGUGAAAAGUAACUGUGCAUCUAGGGGUCUCGGUCAGAUAAGAAAGACAGACAGGAUAAAUCCCUUCGCAUACUUGUGAUUUUCAGUUGAGGCACAUCCUCUAUUAAUGGGUAAUUUUAGAUUAGACUGUAACCUUUUGGGGUAGGAACUGUAUAUUUCUUCUCUGUAUGUGCAGCUCCUAACACGACAGGAGCCUGAUUAGAGCCUUUGUGUGCUGCUCUAACCCCCUUAAUAUAUAAUAAUAGGAAUAAUAUAAUUAAAAUGUCAUUGCAGUUCACCUUUAAUAUCAUGAUUGUGCGGCUGUACUCUGUCAACUGUGAAUAAAAUUAAUGUCCUUUUUGUAUAAUAGGUAGUAUAUUUUAAUAUUGAAGAAAGAGUUAAAUUUAGUUUUUGAAAGCAAAAAAGUAUCUGCUCAUUGUUUCAUUUUAAGCUUUUGGAUAAAUAAGCAAAUCUUUCUUUUGUAUCCUUCAAAUGAGUGUGUGUUAAAUGAAGAAUUCCACCUUCCUGAAUUGGAGCUGUUUAUAAUCUUAUAUUCCAAGAGUGAUUAACACCUGAUAAUUUGAAUAAAAGUGGUUUAUUUUCUCAUUGGG